AUGGCUGAUGGGUCUAAAUGGUCGGAUUCUGGGCUGUCAAGAGAGGCCGGAGGAAGUCUGACAUCCCUGUUGGUUCAGCCAAUCUCUGCCUUCCUGGCCAAGAAGUUACUGUCCUCUUCAUCAGCAGGGCAAGGAGACUCCUGCGUUCCUCUUGCCAUGCCUUCCAACACAGAGCGAAAGAAGAUCACGCUGACGGUUGGAAGCCAGCUGUCCUACAAGAAGAUCUACAAUGUCGUGGGAUACCUGAAAGGAAGGAGGAACCCAGAUCGCUACGUGCUGGUUGGCAGUCGCCACGACAGUGACCAGAGAGGCGGGGCCUCAGCUAUCAUGAAUCAGCUCAUCGCGGCCCUGACAGAGCAGACCAAACAAGGAUGGGUGCCGGACCGUACCACUGUGUUUUGCUCGUGGGGAGGCUCAGCCCUGGGAAACAUUGGGUCCUACGAGUGGGGAAAGAGACAAUUGCUGAGUUGCAUCCGUGGUGGGAACUGCCCCGGGCCCAACGUCAGCUCGCUGCAGUUGCCUGGAGAUGUGAGUUUCUUCGCCAACCAACUGGCUGUUCCCACCGUGGAGUUUGCCUUCGAGCAGACCAAACCGGAGGAGAACACCGGUUUCCUGUCAGAGGCCCAGUUUUCUGUGGAAUCGCCAGAGACCCUGGACCCACUUUUCAAGUUCCAUGAAACCAUUGCGAAGAUGACGGCAGAAGCCAUUCUCCGCCUGGUCAACGACCCUGUGCUGCCAUUCUACCCUCUGGACAUUGCCCUGGAUGUACAGAACAAACUCAAAGACAAAAGCGUGAUAUCUCCGUCCAUGCUGUCCUCAGCCGCCUCCUUGAGAGACCACGCAGCUUUCUUCCAGUCAGAAACGAUGCGGCCAGCCAAUGACCCCAAAGAGCGCGACCCCUCCCACGUGCGAAUGCUGAACGAUGUGCUACGUGACCUGGAGAAGAGCUUCAUCAUCCCACAGACGCCGCCUGGAGUUUACAGGAACCUGUUAUACAGCCUCCCUGGAAAGACUUCUCUGUUUUCCGUCCUGAGGUUCUCACAGGAAGCCGCCCUGCACUGCAACGUCUCCAGCAAAGCAGUCAAACACAAUGCAACCGACAAGGAAGUGCUUUGCCACAGCACCAUGAACCAGUCUCUGUCCCUCAUCCUCAGGGCCAUCCGGUCAGCAGAGAGGCUGGUGUGUUUCGGCUUGGACUUGUUUGAAAAUUACCAGAGAGAAGCAAAAUGAUCUUGGCUGAUGCUUGGAUGCACUCAGCAGCAAAACCCACAACUUAUCAAGUCAACAAUAUUCAAAUAGAUGUGGAAUAUUAAAACACAAUCGACCCCCUGACCAACCUCAUUCAAAACCUUAUAUUAUAUUAAAAUGAAUUCAUGGACAAGUUGAGAGAAUCCACACACAUUUUACUAUUGUUCAACAGAACAUUUAAAUUUAAACUAGGAUUAAAUUAAUAAAUGCAAAAAUAUUUAGAUUCUGUCUCCACAGACUAAGCCAUGGUUAAAGUUUCUUUGUGAUGGUGGCUGUUUUUAUUGCUUAAUACAGGGACAUUUUUGUAUUUUAUAACUUGGGCUUAAUUGUGGCCAUUCUGACUAUGAAUUAAGCUAACUUCACAUGUCAAAAUAUAUCUUUCUAUUUUCUCCUGUCAAACCAAAUCUCAAACACCUCCUUUUUUUUUACCUGAUUUCCACUUUGUCUUAUUGAACAGAUUUAGCACUCAAUUCUUACUAAGCGCUCCUGCUGUAUUGAAGCUUCAGUUCUAACUUACUUUGGAGUAAAGUGUUUAACAAAUGACUAAAUGUAAUUGUAACCAUUAGCCACUGCUAGCAACAUCAGAAUGACCACGUAUAUGAGAAUAAGACCCAGGUUAAAAAAUACUGUUUUUCUUUCUUUGAAAGAAUUCUAUAACUAAUUCACCUUACAACCUAAACAUUGUAAGCAAUAAUCCAUUAUAUAACUGGCCAACAACAACAUUUAGUUGUUCUACAACCACUGUACGCCAUACAACUUGAUGGCUUGAUUUAAGAGUAACAUCACAUUUAAAACCACAGAACACAGCUUUUCAAUUAAUCUAUUGUUCAAAGCAAUAGAUUUUUUUUUUUUCAAUUUAGUCAAUGAACAGCACAAGGUCAAACAGUUCAAACACAUGUUUUAGGUGU